AUGGCGCCUCCCAACGUGAGGCUACGUUUGCGAUUGCGGAGUCCGGGUUUAUUGCAGCAGACACUGCGGCCUGUGGUAAAGUGGUGGGCCUGGCGCCCAUUCCACUCUGGCCGCAGUUCGCGGCGGCUUGUCGCUCCCCUGUCAUUGCAUGCGCGGCAGGCGUCGAGGUGGGACUGGGGAACCGCCGCGGUGCCCCCCCAACCCCUCUCGAGCAGGCGGAAGCACGGGUCGUUUUUUUUUUUUGCCUUGCUGGCAUUCGCCGAGGGUUUGCCCCAACGCAUUAGCACCUGCACGGGAACUGCCUUCUUGCGGGGUGACGCCUUUGCAGGGAGGGCAGUGCGCCUUGGCGCGGCGACUGGAAGCAGUAUUUUGUGUGUUAUUUUUGGCGUCCACGGCACGGACGCGCCUUGA